GACAUUGAGACAGCUUUGUUUGAGAAAUAAACGAACAGCCACCGACAAGACCUCAGGAACCAACACACGUGAAGUGUUAUUAACAAAACAAAGCAAAACGAUUUUUCUUUUAUUUUGAGGUUAGUUGCGUCACUGGGCACUGGGCAAUGGUGAUUUCAUUGCUGCAGCCGAUCUGUUUGGUUUGGGCCCUGAAAAAGCCUUUUUCCAGUUUGUGGUUACUGGCUGUCUCUCACUCAGCCAAUUCAAUAGCCGCUGCCCUUUGAGUGAAACACAAGUUUCUCCAUCGCUUGAAUCUUACUUUUUCUUCAUUUCUUCAUCCCUCUCUCUUCUCCGUAAGACAGCUGCAAUGGCGACCAAGAUUCUGUGGUGUCUCUUGUUUUGUGCCCUGUUCGUCGCUGUUUUUUCUGCAGCGGAUUCAAAUGUGACUGAUAACCCUGCUGAUAAACUAGUCGCAGUGCUUAACAAGAAUAGAACUGCUCAUAAGUUAUCUGCUCUAAAGGACAAUCCUGGCUUGGCAUGCCUUGCUCUUCAGUAUAUUAAGGCGUACCAAGGGAAAUGUGGAGCAGUCGGAGGUCCCGACGGAAUGAAGCCUCCGAAUUCUGCGUUUAUUGAAACUUUUGCUCCUAACUGUGGAGUUGUUGUCUCGUCUCUCGCUCCAAUCACGGGGCGGUUGCUUGGUUGCCAGUCUAAAUAUGUACAUGCUCCUGAAGCAUUUUCUGAUGUUUUGAUGGAGAAUAACAAGAGCUUGGAGAUACUCUACUACAAGAAUAACACAGAAGUUGGGGCUGCUGUGACUGGCACAGAUGGAGGUUCUCCUUACUUUUGGUGUGUGUUGUUCAGCAAUGGCAGCAUCUCUAACAGCUUUGCCUUUGAGGGAGGAGUGGCCAAGUUAACGCGCCCCGGUUGCUACAGUGGGGCCAAUGACCAAUGCAGUGGAGCUGAUAGCCAGUUUUCGACCACCCGUAUGUUGCUAUCAGCCUUAGCAUCUUUGGUUGCCAUGGCAUUUGCCUUUAGUUUAUGAUCAUAGGUCUCAUCCAAACACAAAAAACGUCGGUUUUACUUGCUUUUCAACCAUGUAUUUUCUUUGUUAAUGGCUGGGCAGUGUAUUCUUUGUUUGAUUUUCUGUUUUUCGAUUUGUUUUCGAAUUGCUCAAUUCGUGCUAUUUGGUCAUCAAGUCAUUAUAUAUUGUAAAAUCUCAUGUAUUCUUGGAUCUCAUAGGGGAGCCAUUUUUCCUCAGUGAGUUGAUAAAGAAAGUUCCACUUUAUUAA